AUGGCCACCUCAACUAGUUCAAAACUGAACAAAGCUGUUAAGCAGCAGUACAUGGACCUCCCUCAGGGGGACAAGGUCCAAGCCAUGUACAUAUGGAUUGAUGGUUCUGGAGAGGGACUGCGCUGCAAGACCAGAACUUUAGAUACUGAACCCAAGACGAUCGAGGAUCUUCCUGAGUGGAACUUUGACGGCUCCAGCACCUACCAGUCAGAGGGCUCCAACAGCGACAUGUUCCUGAUCCCCGCCGCCAUGUUCAGGGACCCGUUCAGGAAAGACCCCAACAAGCUUGUGCUCUGCGAGGUGCUCAAGUACAACCGCAAGCCGGCAGAGACUAAUCUGCGCCAAACCUGUAAACAGAUCAUGAGCAUGGUGGAGAAUAACCACCCGUGGUUUGGUAUGGAGCAGGAGUACACUCUCCUGGGCACGGAUGGACAUCCCUUCGGUUGGCCUUCUAACGGCUUCCCAGGUCCACAAGGGCCUUAUUACUGUGGAGUGGGAGCAGAUAAAGCGUAUGGACGCGACAUAGUGGAGGCGCACUACAGAGCCUGUCUGUACGCCGGGGUGGACAUAUGUGGCACCAAUGCUGAAGUCAUGCCAGCUCAGUGGGAGUUCCAGGUUGGGCCUUGUGAAGGUAUCAACAUGGGGGACCAUCUGUGGGUUGCUCGCUUCAUCCUCCACAGAUUGUGUGAGGAUUUCGGUGUGGUGGUCUCCUUUGACCCGAAACCCAUUACAGGGAACUGGAACGGCGCCGGCUGCCACACAAACUUCAGCACAAAGGAGAUGCGUGAAGAUGGCGGACUAAAAAUCAUUGAGGAGUCGAUCGAGAGGCUGGCGAAGAGACACCAGUAUCAUAUCCGCGCCUACGAUCCCAAAGGCGGGCUCGACAACGCUAGACGGCUCACUGGCCGUCACGAAACUUCAAACAUCGACGAGUUCUCAGCUGGCGUGGCCAACCGUGGUGCCAGCAUCCGCAUUCCUCGUGCAGUAGGGCAGGACAAGAGGGGCUACUUCGAGGACCGCCGCCCCUCCGCCAACUGCAACCCAUACAUUGUCACAGAGGCUCUGGUGCGCACGUGUUUACUCAAAGAAGAGGGAGAGGAGCCCACAGAUCACAGAAAACUAACAGCCUAAAUACAAAGUGUCAUUACCAGUACUGGAUUUAGCCAUGUCUUUUCUUUUCUUUUACUCGACAGAUGAAUUAAUAAUUGAGGUUUUCUUCUUGCACUCUUCGUGCAUUUAGUUGUAUGCAACCUCUAGCACAAACACUGCCAACUCAUUUUGUCAUGGUAGCUAAUAACAUGUAUAGAACAACAUAAUUAUUUUUAACUUUUACUUCUACUAAUGGAAACUGUUUAACUGCAGCAGGGUUUGGCUGUAGAUCUUGUAACUCCGACCCAAAGGAUCCCAAAGGCAUUUGAAUGUUUUUAGCAGGCUCGGCCUCUUUCAUAAUGGUAGUUUUCUCAUGUUGUGGUAGAUAAGGUAUGUACGUAAGUCAAUCCACUUUUUUGUUUGUUUUUUCACUUGCUAUUGUUAAAAAAAUAAACGGCUAACAUUUGAAAAAUUA